UGGACCUGAACAUUUCAAACAGAAGAAGACUCUUUUUUUUUUUUUUUUUUUCCCCCUUAAAUUUUUGUGUGCGUGUGGUUCAAGUUGAGAUUCAAAUGGCGCCGUUGUCCUCAUUGCGUGCGCUUUUCUUUUUUGCCCCGUUUUUGUGGGAGGGUCUGCGGGUAAGCGGUAGCCCCUCGGGUUGCGCGUCCUGCGGGUCCCGCUCCCUGGGGAGGGACGCGGAGGAGAGGCUGAUGGUGGAGCUCGCCAAGCAGCAAAUUUUGGACAAGCUGCACCUGAAAGAGAGACCCACGAUCUCUCAGGCCGUGCCCCGGGUGGCGCUCCUCACGGCGCUGCGCAAACUGAACUCGGGGCGUGUCAGGCAGGACGGUACCCUGCAACUAGACAACAAAGUGCUACCCAAAGACCCAGGCUAUGAAAUAGUCAGCUUUGCCGAUCUAAAUGAAAGUCUGCACGGGGACGAGACAAAUCUCAGCCUUACCUUCCAGUUCCUGCAAGAACAUGGCCGCGGUAUCCAGGUGCUGCAGUCUUCCCUGUGGAUCUACGUCCGCUCCUCCAAGUCGCCCCUUCAAGUGCCAGCUCAAGUCUUCCUCACCGUGGACGGUGGAGCGUCAAACCGGACCUUGGUGAUGGAAAAGAUGCUGGAGGUCCAGGAGAGUAACUGGCACACCUUCCCCAUCAGCCGCACCCUGCAGGCCUUCCUGGACGGUGGCCAGAAGCGACUCCAUCUGGAAGUGAGUUGCGACGAGGACGGGAGAAAUCUUUGCUCCCUGGAAAACUCCGCCAACAGCUCGUUUAAACCCUUCCUGGUGGCCCAGGUGCGUCUGCGCGACGACCCCGCCAGACACUUGCUCAGGAAGCGCUCAUUGCGGUGCGGCGAUGACGUCACCGUGUGCUGCAAGAAAGACUUCUACAUCAAGUUUAAGGACAUCCAGUGGCACGACUGGAUCAUCGCGCCCGAGGGCUACCACAUGAACUACUGCGUGGGGCAGUGCCCGCAGCACCUGGCCGGGUCUCCGGGUAUUGCCGCAUCCUUCCACGCUACCGUCUUGAGCCAGCUGAAGGUCAACGGCAUCAACACGGCUGCGUCUUCGUGUUGCGUUCCCACGGAGCGACAGCCUCUGUCCAUGGUGUACUUCAACUCUCAGCACAGUAUCAUCAAAACCGACGUGCCUGACAUGAUCGUGGAGUCCUGUGGGUGCACAUAACGAGUUUAUAGGCUUGUGUAGUCAUUUUUUUAUGCAGCAGUCCUAGAGUAUUGUAUGUGUAGUACAGAUGGUCGCAAACGGCUCUCUAUUGGUUCCAAGAAGACAAAUUUGAAGACAAAGGAAGACUGAUUAAUUGCCUAAAACGACUGCUUUGAACCAAAAUGGUCGACUUCCUGUUCAGUUUUGAGACCUUUUCAGGCAUCCUGUUGUGAAACACGUUUUCACUUAAUUUUAAGUCGAUCGGUGAUAUUGUUGAUGGCGGCUAUCUUAUUUUGAAGUUUCCAGCAGAAGAGAUUUUGGGGCAUUAUGUUGAGGAUUAAAAAAAAAAUACAUAUUUCCACCAGUCUGGCACAUCUUUCUAGGGUACCUGCUUCUGACUGAGGCAAGAAACCGUCUAUGAUCGUAAACGCUAAGUAUUGAUUUUAGCUAAUUUAGCCCCAGCAACACUUGUUAGAACAUAUUGUAACAGGUGAUCAAGGAUAGACACAGCAUCUGGUCCGCAUCCAAUCAUUUUAUUAAACAGUCACAUUCAUGCACAAGCUGCUAAGGCCUACGACUGAUGGAGGGGCACUCGAAAAAUGCACAAGGUAAACGGUUCGCCCGUUUACAGACAGCCGCAAUCCUGCCAGUCAAUUCUGCGCUUUCAUUUGCUGACGCACACGUCACUCACCAGGCCAGGCUCCACCUUUUAAAGGCACACACACGCAAAAGAUAGAAUGUGGCGCUUCAGGAAUAAAAUGAAUAAUGUUUGUACUUCACGUGCAUAUUUAAUUUUUUAUUAAUGCGAAAAUACCCUUUUUAUUCAAUUACUUGAUUUAGCAAAGAGCCCAUGAAAACACUGGAAGAGUUAAAAAGAAUGAGCUAAGCAAAAUAUGUCUAAUCAGCAUCUCCACUGUAUUGUUGACACAAGCGGUCUUUUAAGUUCGGCAACACGGAGAGCUUGUGGACACAAGGUCAUAAUUUGACAAACAUUGGGACACGAUUGCAUCAGUGGUCAGGUAAUGUGAAGGUCCGCAUGGCGGGCGGGUCAGAUGGGCAUGUGCCGCUGUAUGUUGUCGCGUAUAAUCGUCAAAAGUCCAAAGUUUACUGGUGCGAUGUAUAAUUAGAAGCUUUCCAACAAAACGCAGCCUGUUAAUCAUUGCGCGAGGGGGACUUGACAUCAUCCCACUUGCGCAACAGGCGGUCAGCUCGCUGUGUUUGAUGUUUGGGGCGGAUCCAAAAUGCCAGUAUGCACAUUGAUAAUCAUAAAAACUAAGAAG